AAAAUAUCACACACAAAAUAACUGUUAUUCUGAAGCUGAUAAAACAUUUGACAAGAAAUCAAACUUUUUUUUUUCCUCAAAGAAGAAAGUGAAAUAAGGUGCAAAUCAUUGAGACAUUUAAAAACAACUGUGAAGACUGUGGUUGUAGAAUCGGCAGUUUGUUUUUGAGGAAAAGAAAAAGAUAGAAACUUCUUCCAGGAAGGUGCAUGGAGUGAGAGGAAGGUAAGAGGAGACAAAGAGAGGAAGAGGGGAAGGAGAGGACGGAGGGAGGAGGAGGAGGAGCGUCCCCGGUCCAACGGGGGAGGAAACACAAACCUCCAUCCCCUCAGUGAAGGAAAAUAACUGAUGCACGAGAGGGGCGGGACAAGAAGAUCCGGCUGAGGAGGAGAGGAAGUCGUGUGGAGAAGUUGUUGAGAGGGAAAGAAGACGGCAGAAAGUUUUUAUAGAGCGAAGGAAGAGAAGGAGGAGGAAGGAGCUGACAGAGGUGAAGAGGACAAGUCAGACGAAGGAGGACGACUGAAAACAGACGAAUCCGAGAAGGAGACACAUCUGCUGAUGAAACCAACAAUGACCUCAGCAGAUCUAUGACAUCACUCCGUUCCCCGCGGUGAAGCCUCCUCAGAUCACAGCUGUCCAUGUGGAUGUUGUUUGAUUGGCGGCUCUGUCGGUUACUGACAUCAUAGACUGGGUGUGAGAGUGUGCUGGCCCCGCCCACUACUCAUAGUCAUGGCGAGCUACCUGCUGUGCUUGGGGGGCGGGGCUCUGGAUGACAGGUACAUGUACGCCCCGCCCUACCCAGCUGUUUACAGGGAGCGUCUGGUGAACCGCCCCCCCGAGCUGCUGUACCCACAGGCUGACGUAGCGGAGCGCCUGGCGCUCGGCGGCAGCGACGACGAGCUGGCCAACGGCACGAAGGCCGACCUGCAGGCCGCCAAGCGCCUCGCCAAACGCCUCUACCACCUGGACGGCUUCAGGAAGUCUGACGUCGCCCGACACCUGAGCAAGAAUAAUGAGUUCAACCAGAAGGUGGCAGAAGAAUAUCUCAGUAACUUUAACUUCAGCGGUCUGAACAUCGACCAGGCGCUCAGGUCGUUCCUGAGGCAGUUUGCUCUGAUCGGAGAAACUCAGGAGAGAGAGAGAGUCCUCGCUCACUUCUCCAGAAGAUUCAGACAAUGUAACCCAGAGAGUCUGACCACGGAAGACAGCAUCCACACUCUGACCUGUGCCGUGAUGCUGCUGAACUCUGACCUUCAUGGAAACAACGUGGGGAAGCGGAUGUCCUGCAGUCAGUUCAUCUCCAACCUAGAAGGUCUCAACAAUGGAAAAGACUUCCCCAAAGAUCUGCUGAAGACUCUCUACAGCUCCAUCAAGAACGAGAAGCUGCAGUGGACCAUUGAUGAAGAGGAGUUGAGGAAGUCGAUGUCGGAGUUGGCUGACGUGCGAACAGACUCCGCCUCCCACACCAUGAAGCGACUGGGUGGGGGGGGGAACCCACUGCUUGGCGUUGCCCAGCAGGCGGACGGCGAGCUCUACAAGAGCGGCUUCCUGGUUCGGAAGGUCCACGCCGACCCCGACGGGAAGAGAACGCCGCGGGGUAAGAGAGGCUGGAGGUCUUUCUACGUCUUGCUGAAGGGUCUUGUGCUCUACCUGCAGAAGGACGAGUACCGUGCGGAGCGGGAGCUGACGGAGGAGGACGUGAAGAACGCUGUGUCCAUCCAUCACUCGCUCGCCAUGCGGGCGGCCGACUACAGCAAGAGGCCCAACGUGUUCUACCUGAGGACGGCCGACUGGAGGGUGUUCCUGUUCCAGGCUCCGAGCGCAGAACAGAUGCAGUCCUGGAUCACGCGCAUCAACGUGGUGGCGGCCAUGUUCUCGGCUCCGCCCUUCCCGGCGGCGAUCGGCUCUCAAAAGAGAUUCAGCCGCCCUCUGCUGCCGGGAUCCAACACCAAACUGACCCAGGAAGAGCAGGUCAAGUCUCAUGAGAACCGCUUCAGGGGCGUUUCGUCCGAGCAGGCCGACCUGACGACCUCCACGCCGAAUCGAAAGGUCAAAGGUCGUGAGCUGGAGGAACAGAAGCUCCGACAGGAUUACCUGGAGUUUGAGAAAACUCGUUACGGUACGUACGCCAUGCUGCUCAGAGCCAAGCUGGCGAGCGGAGACGAGGACCUGACGGCCUUCGAGUCUCGGCUGUUUGACGACGGAGGCCUGCAGAGGACACACUCCAGUCCCUCGCUGCCUCAGGACGCCGCCAGCAAGGAGAACAUUUGUGGAACCAAGACGUCAAAGAGCUUAAAGGUCACGUCGUCAACCACCAGGGAGGGAAGUAAGAAGAAGAACGGGAGCAACCAGCCAGCUGAGCUGCAGAAACAGAGCAGCCGCCGGGAGGAGGCGCCGUAAGACGGCACGAGUCUGUCUGCUGGUGAGGCUGGAGAAGGACACGAAGCAUCAUGGGUAACAGGCUGACAUCCUCCUCUCAACCUUUUCUAUUAAACCCCAGUUAGACUGUGAUUGGCUGGGCUAAGGCGUGGGAGAUCAUCGGGGGAAGAGACACUCGUCACAGAAGAAGAAACAUCAGAGGCUGAUGUUGAAACUUGAAGACGCCAUUUCUGCACAGAGCACAACCGCUGCUGAGUUUCAAAAUAAAAGCUUUACUUCCUGUUCGAGCUUUCAUUUCAGGGACUUUGUGGAAGUGAUGCAGAUUAAACUUAAACAUCAGAGACUAUUGUGUUUGACGCCAGGACCCUCCAGGACCCUCCAGGACCCUCCAGGACCCUCCAGAGCCCUGAAGGACCCAACAGGACCCUCCAGGACCCUCCAGGACCCUCCAGAGCCCUGAAGGACACAACAGGACCCUCCAGGACCCUCCAGGACCCUCCAGAGCCCUCCAGAGCUCUGAAGGACACAACAGGACCCUCCAGGACCCUCCAGAGCCCUCCAGAGCUCUGAAGGACACAACAGGACCCUCCAGGACCCUCCAGAGCCCUCCAGAGCUCUGAAGGACCCUCCAGGACCCUCCAGGACCCUCCAGAGCCCUCCAGAGCCCUGAGGGACCCAACAGGACCCAACAGGACCCUCCAGGACCCUCCAAGACCCUCCAGAGCUCUGAAGGACACAACAGGACCCUCCAGGACCCUCCAGAGCCCUCCAGAGCCCUGAGGGACCCAACAGGGCCCAACAGGACCCUCCAGGACCCUCCAGGACCCUCCAGAGCUCUGAAGGACACAACAGGAUCCUCCAGGACCCUCCAGAGCCCUGAAGGACCCAACAGGACCCUCCAGGACCCUCCAGAACCCUCCAGAGCCCUGAAGGACACAACAGGACCCUCCAGAACCCUCCAGAGCCCUGAAGGACACAACAGGUACCUCCAGAACCCUCCAGAGCCCUGAAGGACACAACAGGUACCUCCAGGACCCUCCAGAGCCCUGAAGGACACAACAGGACCCUCCAGGACCCUCCAGAGCCCUGAAGGACACAACAGGACCCUCCAGAACCCUCCAGAGCCCUGAAGGACACAACAGGUACCUCCAGGACCCUCCAGAGCCCUGAGGGACACAACAGGACCCAACAGGACCCUCCAGAGCCCUGGAAAACCCACAGGUACAUCCUGGACCUUACAGGGCUCUCUGCGACCCUGAAGGACCCUUCUGGAUCCUUCUGGACCCUUCUGGACCCUUCUGGAUCCUACAGGAUCUGGUUUUGUCUGAACUUUUUGUUUAAGAGCGACAAACACUGACCUCAUGCUGCUUCUCCUAGCAACCGACAGGGAGGCCGGUUGCCUUGCCGACCACACAUGACAGACAGAGUGUGGGAGUGUUGCUGCGACGACCAAGCAAAGGGGGGGAGGUUGAGAAGGGGGGGGUGAGAAUCCCGAGUCAGAACGCACAACAAACACACAAAACUCCCUCUGUGUGUGUGUGUGUGUGUGUGUGUGUGUGUGUGUGUGUGUGUGUGUGUGUGUGUGUGUGUGUGUGUGUGUGUGUGUGUGUGUGUGUGUGUGUGUGGAGGCUGAAACAGUUUGUUUUCUGUCGUUUUUCUCCAGCUCUGCUCGGAGCUCAGAUUCUGUCGGAGGAUCGUUAGUGACCAAACACUGAGCAGCAAUCAAAUCAUAAAUAAUUCUGGAGAUAAGAAAAGAGGAAAUGAAACAUAAAAGAAAAUGAAUUAAACCUUGUUAACAAAAAAUGAUAAACACUUUGAAUGGUUUGUAAUUAUAAUGAAUAUGUGACUUUCUUUCAACACCAAAUUAAAUCUACCAAUCAAACUUUAAUAAUAAUAAACAUAUAAUGUAGUUGCUGUUCAUUCGAAAUGAAAAGAGUUUGAUGUUUGCUCUUGAAUGAAUCCGUCCACAUCGUCUUCGUCACUGAUGAAGAAGAAACGUUCAUGUGAAAUGAUGAUUGAUCAGCUGGAGGAGAAGGUGUGAAGUGUCAGGGACCAAUGAGAAUUCAUCGCUUCACCUCCGCAUCGUUAACAACAGCAGUCGUUACGAUCCUCCUCCUCCUCCUCCAUCUUCCUCCUCCUCCAUCUUCCUCCUCCUCCAUCUUCCUCCUCCUCCAUCUUCUUCCUCCUCCUCCAUCUUCCUCCUCCUCCAUCUUCCUCCUCCUCCAUCUUCUUUCUCCUCCUCCUCCAUCUUCUUCCUCCUUCUCCUCCAUCUUCUUCCUCCUUCUCCUCCAUCUUCUUCCUCCUUCUCCUCCAUCUUCUUCCUCCUCCAUCUUCUUCCUCCUCCUCCAUCUUCUUCCUCCUCCUCCAUCUUCUUCUUCUUCCUCCAUCUUCUUCCUCCUCCUCCUCCAUCUUCUUCCUCCUCCUCCUCCAUCUUCUUAUUCCUCCGCCAUCUUCUUCCUCCUCCAUCUUCUUCCUCCUCCUCCAUCUUCUUCCUCCUCCUUCAUCUUCUUCUUCUUCCUCCAUCUUCUUCCUCCUCCUCCAUCUUCUUCCUCCUCCUCUUCCAUCUUCUUAUUCCUCCGCCAUCUUCCUCCUCCUCCUCCAUCUUCUUCCUCCUCCUCCUCCAUCUUCUUCUUCCUCCUCCAUCUUCUUCCUCCUCCUCCUCCAUCUUCUUCCUCCUCCAUCUUCUUCCUCCUCCUCCUCCAUCUUCUUCCUCCUCCUCCUCCAUCUUCCUCCUCCUCCUCCAUCUUCUUCCUCUUCUUCACUUCCUCCUCCUCCUCCAUCUUCUUCCUCCUCCAUCUUCUUCCUCCUCCUCCUCCAUCUUCUUCCUCCUCCUCCUCCAUCUUCUUCUUCCUCCUCCUCCUCUAUCUUCUUCCUCCUCCUCCUCCAUCUUCUUCUUCCUCCUCCUCCUCCAUCUUCAUCCUCCUUCUCCUCCAUCUUCCUCCUCCUCCUCCUCUCUGUCUCAUGGCAGAGUUUCAUUACAGAAAGUUGAAUCUGUCGAUGGUGUCAUUGGAGCAGGACCACUAACCCUCCUGCCCGGGCGUCGGUGGUUCGAUGCUCUGAACUCUCCUCAUGUCACCUGAUCACCACGACCUCUUGUUGUCAUGACCUUUGACCCCGUCCGCCCAUCUUCGUCUCGGCCUCGUUCACGACCUGCCGACGGACGCAGGCUGUUUGACCUCUGACCCCCAGGUCCUAUUCACUCAAAUAUCCAGUCACACUUUUUGCACUGUGCACUGUAACGCAGCGUAGGAUGACUUCUACGGCUUCAGCUCCUCGUCUGUAUCCGAACUUUGUAAAUACACGUUGACAUUGAGAAGCCAUACUGUGGUCGGGCUGACGGCCUCGCUAGCGCUCGCUGUGGAUUAGGACUCUUUGGUUUAGAUAUCUCAGAGCGACAGAUGUCGACUCGACUGUUUUAUUUAUUCUUUUCGUCCUCGUUUCUGUGAAUGUUUUGGGGGCUUUGCUGCGGCUGAGUGUUGCUGCCAGCUCGCCGACCAACAGCUGUACAUACUGUCCACUUCCUGUGAGGUUUUGGUCGUAGUGAAACUUGGACUCUGUUUACACCUGCUAUUAAAAUGUGUUUCAGGUAAUCAGAUUACAAUCAGACCGACUGAGUAAACAGGAAGUAGUUUUCUUCAGAUGCCUGAGUUCAGCGUGAAGAAGGAAACUUCUUCUGUCUUAGUUUGAACCAAUCAGAGGAGGACGUGACGUCUGCUGACUCAGAUCUCCGUGUGGACACAUGUUGACUCCAGCUGUGGAUCACGUAUGUUUUAAUUUCAGCUGUAAACUGAGUCACAAAUAUGUUUGUAUCAUUCGGAGGCGUAGACACACAAAUAAAGAUGAGAGUGAAACUCA